AUGUCGGGAUACCCACAGCAAGGCGGCGGAGGCCACGAUGAUGGCUACGGCCAUGCUCCCAACGCAAAUGGAAAUACAGACUCGUAUUACAACGACGAUCAACAGUACUACGAUAACCGUAAUGGAGGAGGGCAGCCUGCCGGCGGUCACGCUCACGGUCAACAAGGCGAGGGUUAUUAUGAUGAGUCCGGCUAUUACAACGCCGACCCAAACAACCCGUACCACCAGGACGGCGGCUAUUACGACAACCACGAAGGUUACCAGGAGGGCUAUGACAACGGCUACUACGACCAGCAUGGCUAUGAUCAGGCCGGCGGCUAUCGCGACAACCAUGCCGCUCGUGGCUCUGAGGAGGAUUCCGAGACCUUUAGCGAUUUCACCAUGAGGUCCGACAUGGCCCGUGCCGCUGAGAUGGACUACUAUGGCCGCGGCGAUGAACGCUACGACAGCCAGUAUGGCGACCAGGGCGGUGCCCGUGGUUAUCGCCCUCCUUCCUCCCAGAUCUCUUACGGCGGGAACCGCUCGUCUGGCGCCUCGACGCCAAACUACGGCAUGGACUACGGUAACGUUCUUCCUGCCGGCCAGCGCUCCAAGGAACCGUAUCCCGCUUGGACGUCGGAUGCCCAAAUCCCCCUCUCAAAGGAGGAGGUGGAGGAUAUCUUCUUGGAUUUGUGCGCAAAGUUUGGUUUCCAGCGUGACAGUAUGCGCAACAUGUACGACCAUCUCAUGACGCUUCUCGACUCCCGCGCUUCCCGCAUGACCCCCAACCAGGCUCUUCUCUCGCUCCAUGCCGAUUACAUUGGUGGCGACAACGCAAACUACCGCAAGUGGUACUUCGCUGCCCAUCUGGAUCUGGAUGAUGCCGUCGGGUUCGCCAACAUCAAGGGCAAGAAGGGCGGCCUGAAGCGCACCAAGAAGAAGACCAAGGGUGACGAGGCCCAAAACGAAGCCGAGAUCCUUCAAGAGCUGGAGGGAGAUGACUCGUUGGAGGCAGCCGAGUUCCGUUGGAAAACUCGCAUGAACAGGAUGUCGCAGCAUGACCGUGUGCGACAGCUUGCCCUUUAUCUUCUGAUCUGGGGCGAAGCCAAUCAGGUCCGCUUCAUGCCCGAAUGUCUGUGCUUCCUCUUCAAGUGCGCCGAUGAUUACCUCAACUCGCCCGCUUGCCAGAACAUGGUCGAGCCUGUUGAAGAGUUCACCUUCCUCAACAAUGUCAUCACCCCGCUGUAUCGCUACUGCCGCGAUCAGGGUUACGAGAUCUACGAAGGUGUCUACGUCCGUCGCGAACGAGACCACGAGCAGAUUAUCGGUUACGAUGACUGCAACCAGCUCUUCUGGUAUCCCGAGGGUAUCAACCGCAUCGUUCUCGAGGACAAGAGCAAGCUGGUGGACGUUCCUCCCGCUGAGCGUUAUCUCAAGCUCAAGGAUGUCAACUGGAAGAAGUGUUUCUUCAAGACUUACAGGGAGAGUCGCUCGUGGUUCCACAUGCUUGUCAACUUCAACCGUAUCUGGAUUAUUCACUUGACCAUGUUCUGGUUCUACACUGCCUACAACAUGCCUACCAUUAUCACCCCCAAUUACGAACAGCAGGUUAAUCAGGGACCCCCAAGGGCUGCCAUGUGGUCCUUCGUCGGUUUCGGUGGUGGUGUCGCGGCGGCAAUCAACUUUGGAGCAACUAUCGCGGAAUGGGCCUAUGUUCCUCGCAGGUGGGCUGGUGCGCAGCAUCUGACCAAGCGGCUGUUCUUCAUGAUCUUCGUCCUCAUCAUCAACUUGGCUCCUGGUGUCUACGUCUUCCUUCCGGGCAAGUCGGGUGAGGAGCUGAUUGCGCAUCAGAACAGCACCCCUGCCUAUGCUGUCGGCAUCGUGCACUUCUUCAUCGCUCUCAUCACCUUCCUGUUCUUUGCGGUCAUGCCUCUUGGUGGUCUCUUCGGCAGCUACCUCACCAAGAACACGCGCAAGUACGUCGCCAGUCAGACAUUCACUGCCAGCUGGCCUCGCCUCAACGGGGCUGACAUGGCCAUGUCCUUCGGCUUGUGGGUGGUCGUCUUCGGCGCCAAGUUCGGAGAGUCGUACGUGUAUUUGACCUUGUCGAUUCGCGACCCAAUUCGUUACAUUGGUCUUAUGGAUACCUCGUCAUGUCUUGGGGACUCGAUCCUGCAGAAGUAUCUCUGCCCUUACCAACCGCAAAUCACGCUGGCUCUGAUGGUCUUCACUGGUAUGAUCUUCUUCUUCCUAGAUACAUAUCUGUGGUACGUCUUGAUCAAUGCCGUCUUCUCGGUUGCUAGAUCUUUCUACCUCGGUUCCUCGAUCUGGACUCCUUGGAGAAACAUCUACUCUCGCCUGCCCAAGCGUAUCUACUCCAAGGUCCUCGCGACAACGGACAUGGAGAUUAAGUACAAGCCCAAGGUCCUCAUCUCCCAGAUCUGGAACGCUGUCGUCAUCUCCAUGUACCGCGAGCACCUUCUGGCCAUUGAUCACGUCCAGAAGCUCCUCUACCACCAGGUGCCCUCUGAGCAGGAAGGAAAGCGUACUCUGCGUGCCCCCACUUUCUUCGUUUCCCAGGAAGACCACUCUUUCAAGACCGAGUUCUUCCCUCAGUACAGCGAAGCCGAGCGCAGAAUUUCCUUCUUCGCCCAGUCGCUCUCUACUCCGAUCCCCGAGCCUCUCCCCGUUGACAACAUGCCCACCUUCACUGUCAUGAUUCCUCACUACAGCGAAAAGAUUCUUCUUUCUCUGCGUGAGAUCAUUCGCGAAGAUGAGCCCUACUCUCGAGUCACUCUCUUGGAAUACCUCAAGCAGCUCCAUCCCCACGAAUGGGAUUGCUUCGUUAAGGACACCAAGAUUCUCGCGGAUGAGACCUCGCAGUUCAACGGCGACGCCGAAAAGGAGAAGGAGAAGGAGAAGGAGAAGGAGACCGUCAAGAACAAGAUCGACGAUCUUCCCUUCUACUGCAUUGGUUUCAAGUCCUCGGCGCCCGAGUAUACCCUCAGAACCCGUAUUUGGGCUUCGCUUCGCUUCCAGACCCUGUACCGUACCGUCUCUGGUUUCAUGAACUACGCCCGCGCCAUCAAGCUUCUCUACCGUGUCGAGAACCCUGAGGUAGUCCAGAUGUUCGGUGGCAACUCCGACAAGCUCGAACGUGAACUCGAGCGCAUGGCUCGUCGCAAGUUCAAGCUGUGUAUUUCCAUGCAGCGUUUCGCCAAGUUCAAGAAGGAGGAAAUGGAGAACGCCGAGUUCCUGUUGCGCGCCUACCCCGAUCUCCAGAUUGCGUACCUCGACGAAGAGCCUCCUCUUGCUGAAGGCGAGGAGCCUCGCAUUUACUCUGCUCUCAUCGACGGUCACUCCGAGAUCAUGGAGAACGGUGCGCGCCGGCCCAAGUUCCGUAUCCAGCUUUCCGGAAACCCCAUUCUCGGUGACGGAAAGUCCGACAACCAGAACCACGCCAUCAUCUUCUACCGCGGCGAGUACAUCCAGCUUAUCGAUGCCAACCAAGACAACUACCUGGAGGAGUGCUUGAAGAUCCGCAGCGUUUUGGCCGAGUUCGAGGAGAUGAAGACCGACAACCUUUCGCCUUACACUCCCGGCGUCAAGAACGAGGUCCACCACCCUGUUGCCAUUCUCGGUGCUCGCGAGUACAUUUUUUCUGAGAAUAUUGGUAUCCUUGGUGAUAUUGCCGCCGGUAAGGAACAGACAUUCGGUACGCUCUUCGCCAGAACCUUGGCCCAGAUUGGUGGCAAGCUCCAUUACGGUCAUCCCGAUUUCCUCAACGGUAUCUUCAUGACUACCCGUGGCGGUGUCUCCAAAGCUCAGAAGGGUUUGCAUCUCAACGAGGAUAUUUACGCCGGCAUGAACGCUCUCUUGCGUGGUGGCCGUAUCAAGCACUGCGAGUACUACCAGUGCGGCAAGGGUCGUGAUUUGGGUUUCGGCUCCAUUCUCAACUUCACCACCAAGAUCGGAACUGGUAUGGGUGAACAGAUGCUCUCUCGCGAGUACUACUACCUCGGAACUCAGCUCCCGCUCGAUCGUUUCCUGUCCUUCUACUACGCCCAUCCCGGUUUCCACUUGAACAACAUGUUCAUCAUGCUCUCGGUCCAGCUCUUCAUGCUUUGCUGCGUUAAUAUCGGCGUUCUGCGUCAUGAGACGAUCCGCUGCGAGUACAACCGCGAUGUCCCCAUUACCGAUGCCCUCUUCCCCACUGGCUGCUCCAACACCGACGCUCUUCUGGACUGGAUCUACCGCUGCGUUCUCUCCAUUUUCUUCGUCUUCUUCCUUGCUUUCGUUCCCCUGAUUGUCCAGGAGUUGAUGGAGAAGGGUGUGAUCCGCUCUGCGACUCGUUUCCUCAAGCAGAUCUUCUCCCUGUCGCCUUUUUUCGAGGUGUUCGUCUGCCAGAUCUACGCCAACUCUGUCCAGCAGGAUUUGUCCUUCGGCGGUGCCAGAUACAUCGGUACCGGCCGUGGUUUCGCCACCGCGCGUAUCCCCUUCGGUGUGCUCUACUCCCGUUUUGCCGGUCCUUCGAUCUACUUCGGAGCUAGGUUGGUCAUGAUGUUGUUGUUUGCCUGCUUGACUGUCUGGCACGCUGCUUUGAUCUACUUCUGGAUUUCGCUCAUGGCCUUGGUCAUCUCGCCCUUCCUCUACAACCCUCAUCAGUUCUCCUGGGCGAUUUCUUCAUCGACUACCGCGAGUAUCUCCGCUGGCUCUCGCGUGCGCAAGAUUAUCGGAGACCCGUCGAGCAAGCUCUCGGGCGAUGUUGCCAGGGCUGCUAUCACCAACCUUUUCUGGGCCGAGAUGUUUACCCCCUUCAUCCUUGUCUGCUUGACGGUCAUUCCGUAUCUGUUCAUCAACGCGCAGACUGGUGUCGCAGGUGAAUUUGGACCUCGCCGCGACGAUUUUGAACGCGGGAAAGUUAAGCCUACUGCCGCCCUGAUCCGUCUAUUGGUUGUCACGUUCGCGCCCAUGGCUGUCAAUGCUGGUGUCCUUGGCGGCUUGUUCGGCAUGGCCUGCUGCAUGGGUCCUUUGUUGAGCAUGUGCUGCAAGAAGUUUGGCAGCGUUUUGGCAGCCAUUGCCCAUGCUAUUUCGGUCAUUAUCCUCCUGGUCAUGUUCGAAGUCAUGUUCGUCCUCCAAAACUUCAAGUUUACCCCUACGCUCCUCGGCAUGAUUGCCAUGGUCUCGAUUCAGCGCUUCAUCAUCAAGCUCAUUGUCUCGUUGGCGUUGACUCGUGAAUUCAAGACUGAUUCGUCCAACAUUGCCUUCUGGACCGGCAAGUGGUACUCUAUGGGCUGGCACUCGGUUUCGCAACCUGCUCGUGAGUGGCUUUGCAAGAUUACGGAGCUCAGCAUGUUCGGCGCCGACUUCAUCCUUGGCCACAUCAUCCUGUUUUUGAUGUUCCCCGUCAUCAUCAUCCCCAAGGUCGAUGUGCUUCACUCGGUUAUUCUCUUUUGGCUCCGCCCAAGUCGUCAAAUUCGUGCCCCCAUUUACUCGUUGAAGCAGACGAAGCUCAGGAGGAGGCGUGUGAUCCGCUAUGCGAUCCUCUACUUUAUCUUACUUGUCAUCUUCGUCGCCCUGAUUGUUGGACCGAUUGUGGCCGGUAAACAGAUUGACGACGCAACUCUCGAGCAGUUGAACAACUUCGGCGAUGGAAGUUUCAUCCUCCGGCAGUACCCCUGGGUGCUGGGCAGUGGUCAUGACAAUGACGACACCAGGGGUCGUUUGGAGACGGGAACCAAGUACACUGGCUACUCUGGUGUUUGGACCCCGACGACGACCUCAGACUUUGGUUCUGAGCCUACUGGUGGGGCUGAAAGGAGGAUGGCAUUCUAG